AGACAGCAGUGUUGAUUUUGGUGUAAUCGUGACGGGAAAGUUGGCAAAUUCCAUUUAAAUUUUAUUUUUCGUUUAAUUUAUUUGCCCAGACUUUGCGCAAACAUCGACUAAGUGCAAAGUAUCAAUAAACCGGGUUUUAAAAAAAAAACACCCUGUGUGGCACUCUAUUCAAAUUAUUCUUCUCGAGACCCUUUUCAAAUCACUUUCUAACUUUCUAUUACCAAAAAUUUUCUCUUUUUUUAUUGUAAAAUUGGGACUUGCCUUCGUCUUGAAACCCUUGUUGAAGUAUCCAAAAAUCGUCACUGCACCAGCACUCGCGAAAUUUUCGAAAAAUCCAGGCCCGUACUCGCCCAAGCGGGGCCACACGCGAAACUGAAGACAGCGAGCGCGAUUCGCGAUCAACAGCUGAUUUGUGUGAGGAAAACAGAGGUUGGGGCUUCAACCCACUUCGCGUGACUCAUCAUUCGUUGAGGAAGUGCAGGAAGCCGGCACUGGAUUAUGGGGAAAAAUGUUCGAGCAAGCUUACAAACCCAAAGUUUUGCGCAAUUGGGAAGUCCCCAAAAUUUACAAUGAUAAGCCGAGGAGACGCUCGGGACGCACUCAGAUAAUUGCGAAUGACAGGGGGCACCUUUUGCCCGGUGUCCCGAAAGCGAAAGGGAGUCCAUGGGGGAGUUUCAUAGGCACCUGGCAUUUGCCCAAGAAAAUCGACCGAAAAACAGCUGACGAACUAAAUGGCUCUUUUACCAAAAGACUCACUUGUGAAGAGAAAAGAAAACCACAAGAGAAAUUAGAAGAAGAAGAAGAAGUCAAAGAAGAGUCCAAAACAAUUGAGGAAGAAAAAGCAAUAGAAGAAAUUAAGACAGAAGUGCCACCACAAGAAAUUAAAGAGGAGGCAAAUAAGGAAAACACUUAUCCCUACGUCCCUGGAGACCUCACCGACGCCCCAUACCGACCACCAAGUCACGAAAUUUUGUCCCAAAACCGUUUCAACCCCGCCGAAACACCCCCUAAAGGAUAUCCACGAUACCGGGACGAUUUCUCUAAACCGCUACAAAUCGAAAAACCCCUCACAAGAAAUGAAGUUGAAACCGAAUACCAAAACCACAAAACAAUGUCUGAGGAGUUUUACUCGCCCAAAAGUAGGGUAAAACCCCGCUCAAAACCCCCAUCGCCCAUAAUCGCAGCGAUAAAAAACUUCCAAUUGGCCAAAAAACUCCAUCGUGAGAAUUUAGAACACGACCCUUUACCUGACACAAUAACAAACUCGAAAUACCGCCAUUUGCAAAUGCAACGUUGCCACGAGCCUGGACUUGCCUUAGAAAACGAGAAUUUUGCCACAGGGGUGGGCUGGAAGGGCUAUCCGGGCUUUGGGCCCACCAGAUGCACAAAAUUGAAGGUUUAUCGGCCCAAAACCUGCGGUUUUGAGCCAAAAAAGAACGAUGGGAGACCAAGUAGUGUCACUAGUUUUGAUCUAAAAUGGCGGUUUAUUCGCCGGAGGAAAGUUUCGCCCAUUGAAUUGGCGAUUUGUUGGGAUUUGAGCCCCGAAAACCCCCACGAUGAGCCUAAACCAACCCCGCAUAUUGACGGCUCGAAUGGGUCUUUAGCCCCCGCGGUGUUCUCCCUAGUGCACACCCCCAAGGAGGAGGAGGAGGAGCUUUUUGAAAAAUUGGAGGGGCCCCAUGAGAGGGAUUUGAAAAAGCGCGCCAAAAGUGCGUACAAUUUGAAUGGUUGUUUGCACGAUGAAGGGGGGAGUCUCCACCAAAGCACUCCAAAUUUGAGCGAGGAGAAAAAGGUUAAAAGUUCUUGUGUGGCGUGUGAAAUGAGGAAUGUUUCGCUUAAAGACAAAAGGAAUAAGAAUAAAGAUGAUUACAAAAUGGCUUUUAAAGCUGGUGUUCCUCAGAAAUGUGUAAGUAAUACUAGCUAUAGAAAUGCUAGAUUCAACUUUCAAGUACCUAAACAAAAAGAUCCUUAUAGUCCCAAAAACUAUGCUAUACGUAGUUUAGCUCCACCUUUUUCUUUGCAGAAGGAUAAAAGACAGGACUAUCCCGAACAUUGGAGGCUUGCUACGGUUUAUCAACAUUCGUACAAACCGAUUUAUGCCAGAAAACGUCCCUUGUUGGACACAGUUUUCAAAUAAAAAUUUUAUUUCAGGGUAGGUGACGA